AUGACGUCACAGUUCUGUUGGAAAAUUUCUCUACUAAACGCUAUUCAACGAUUUCACUUUACCAACUGUCCAGCUUCCAGACCAGUAAUAUCAGCUCUGACCAAUCAAAACCUUACAGCAGCAUCCAAUAGCUAUGUAGAUCUGGUGUGUAUUGUACAAGAACCAUUAAUACAGUACAUCAAAUGGUACUCUGGUAAUACUGACAUCACCAGUCAAUCUACUGGUCUGGUGCGUGGUGCUAAUGGAGUCAAGCAGUCUACAUUGAGAGUGAACUAUACGACAGCUGAUGAUGCACUCAAUACGUACCACUGCGAGAGGUCUUCUUCUGUGGUAUGCAGCAAGCCAUAUGUCUGUAGAGGCAUGUAUGAAAACGUUAACACUGAUUCUGAUGCUAUACAAAGUGCUGGGGUCACAGUAAUUCUCGAUUACCCAGCGAUCCUUGCGAUGCUUACUGUAGACAAUAUCACAUCAAUGUCAGUAACAGUAAAAUGGACUCAGUCAGUACAAAGACCUUCGCAGGCAACAGUGACAGCAUAUAUAAUACAGUACCAGAACAGUACRAAAACACAGACAAUAAAUGUGCCUUCUCCUGCCUUAAGUCACGUGAUCACAGGUCUCAGUAUCUAUAGCAACUACAGUGUCAAGAUAAAAGCUGUCAGCGCAGUAGGUCAUGGAGAGUGGAGUCAGCCAAUGAACUUCACGACAGUUUCUGCUUUACCAGACGCCGUACCAAAARCAGUUGUAGUAAAAGUCUUGUCAUCACAAAGCGUACUUGUUACUUGGCAGCCUCCGACAUCUGGAAUCAAUGGUCCACUACGAGGAUACAAGAUAAUCUAUGAGAAUAUAAUAGGAAAUGAUGAAACGACAAUAGUUAUUAGAAGUCAACAAAGUGCUUAUACUAUCAGUAACCUAAGGAAGUGGACAUUGUAUCGCAUCAAAAUAAACGUUUUCAAUGACAAAGGAGAUGGUCCUUUAAGUGCAGUUGUUGUGCGAACGCUGGAAGACGCUCCAAGCCUACCGCCACAACAGUUACUCGUCACAGUGCUUAGUUCAACGUUUGUUCGUUUAUCAUGGAGACUACCACCUAGAGAGAGUCGUAAUGGCAUCAUAAGAGGAUCGAAGGUUCAUUAUCAAACGUCCUCUGGUCCCUCUUURAUCAAGAAUAUCCCUGGUAAUGAUACACUGCAAUGUAUCGUGGAUGGUCUUGAGAAGUAUACGUCAUAUAGCUUCAAGGUGUUGGCCUACACCAUACGGGAUGGUCCUUAUACAAUGAGCGUCACUGCUCGAACAUUACAAGAUGCUCCAUCACCUCCUCUCAAUCUUCAAACAUCAGUCAUUCCACCAACUAAUACCACAGGACCACAUGUACACCUAACAUGGAAUGCACCAGCGUUCCCCAAUGGUAUAAUCAAAACUUACGUAGUAUCAUACAGCCAUAAUGAUAGCCUUUCUGUGUCAAACAAGGCCACUGUAAAAGGAUCGAUAAUGGCUGUAACUUUACCUGUGUCAGGUGGUCUGACCUACUGGUUUCGMGUCAAAGCUGUCACUGUCAAAGAUGGAAAUGACACUUCAGCGAGACAGAUUAUCAUACCUGUCUAUGCUCCUAGUAUACCUCCAUCAAUAAGSGAAGUCACUAAACAAGACCCUUCAAAUUUCGUGGUAUCUUGGCAACCAAUCCCACGUGACAAAGCAAACGGACCAAUCACAAAGUACGAGGUGACGUGGACUCUAAUCAUGCAAGCAGACAAGCCAGUYAAAGUGGUCAGUUCGAAGGAGAUAAAUGGGUCUAAAACAGUGCUKGAGAACCUUGCAACUUGUGCCAAGUAUUCUGCAUCUGUUCGUGGGUAUACAAAUGCUGGCCCUGGUCCGUACAGCACACCUUUUAUCUUUUAUACUUCUGCACCAGAUCCUCCAAGAGAUGUGAUUGUGGUAUUUAGGGACAAGAGAGAAGUGACUUUACAGUGGAAGAAACCAGGAUCGGGUGCUGAGAAUAUUAGACAGUACACCAUAUAUUUCUUGGGGCACAAGCGAUAUAAUAACACUUUUAUACACAGUGGAAAGAGAGUAACAAUCAAUCCACUACCAAAGCUCACGUUGCAACACCUUUAUCCAGACACGCACCAUGAGUUCAGGGUUUCUGCAUCAUCAAAGUGUGGAGAAGGAGAUACGAGCGUUAAAAUAUCAACAGACACGUUCAUUGAUGCCCCUCCUGCACCGUUAGUGACACCACCGCUAGGUAACUUCAAUACGUCCAUCGCACAUGUGACCAUAUGGCCUGCCUCUGAUGUCAAUGGGCAAAUCUGGGCUUAUCAGCUAAUAGUUCGACAGUUGGAUAAAAGUUCUAUCGAUGCAGCCAAUUUAACAGAUUAUUCAACUGCAAAAGAAAAAGAUCUACGCUACUAUAUAACAGCAGAAGUAUACUCCAACAAAGGGUCAUUCCCACAGAUAUUCACUCUUGGAAAUGGGAAGUUUAAUGGGAAAUAUGAAAAUGUGGAAUUGGAAAGUGGGAGAGAGUAUGAAGUGCUGGAAAGAGCUCUGACGCAAAAUAAGGAAAAGGUUAGCACAAGUAUAUAUCGUUUAUAAAUAAAUAAGACUUGAUCAUCACCAUCAUUGCCAUCACCAUCAUCAUAACCAUCAUCUUUACCGUUAUCACCAUCACCAUCAUCAGC